UGCUCACUCGCACGGACAAGAUGGCGGGCGUAGGCUGCUGGUAGAGCUGUUUAUGCGGGCGCUGUUGCUUGCUGGAACUUUCUAAACAGGAGAUCUCAGCCUGGGCACUGCUCUGUGGAUACGAUGCAUUUUUCCAUCCCGGAGACUGAGGUGCUGAGCGCCGGCAACGGAUCCACGUAUGUGGCCUACAACAUUCAUGUGAAUGGAGUGUUACAUUGUCGCGUCCGAUACAGUCAACUCUAUGGAUUGCAUGAGCAGCUGAGAAAAGAAUAUGGGGCCAGUGUACUUCCUCACUUUCCCCCUAAAAAGAUUUUCACGUUAACGACUGCAGAAGUAGAACAGCGAAGGGAGCAAUUAGAAAAGUACAUUCAGAGUGUACGCCAAGAUUCCUUGCUGGGUGGCAGUGAGGCAUUCAACAGCUUUUUGAGAAAAGCUCAACAGGAAACUCAGCAGAUUCCAACACAAGAGGUACAGUUUGAUGUCUACCUGUCCAAUGGACAGAAAGUAACAGUCAAUAUUUUCAGUUCAGACCAGACAGAAGAUGUGCUAGAGGCAGUUGCAGCAAAGCUGGACCUUCCUGAUGAUCUGGUCGGAUACUUCAGCCUUUUUCUUAUCCGGGAAGGAAGUGAUAGUUGUUCUUUUGUACGCAAGCUGCAGGAGUUUGAACUGCCAUAUAUUUCGAUUACAAGUUUGAAAAACACAGAGUAUAGAAUUGUGCUGCGAAAGAGCUAUUGGGACACUGCUUAUGAUGAUGAUGUUAUGGAAAAUCGGGUUGGAUUGAGUCUAUUAUAUGCUCAGACUGUGGCUGAUAUUGAACGAGGGUGGAUCCUGGUCAAUAAGGAGCAACACCGACAGCUGAAAUCACUUCAAGAAAAAGGCUCCAAAAAAGAGUUUAUCAGCCUCGCUCAAACGCUGAAGUAUUAUGGAUAUAUCAAGUUUGACCCAUGCAUCACUGAUUUUCCAGAGAGAGAAUGUCAUGUAAUAGUCAGCGCCGGUAAUAAUGAACUAAAUUUUCAUGUCAAGUUACCCAAUGACCAAAUCAAAGAAGGUAGUUUCAAGGUCACGCGCAUGAGAUGCUGGCGUGUUACUUCCUCACAAGUUCCUGUAACAAAUGGCACUGCAAACAUCCCAGGAAAAACAGAGACCAAAUUGGAAUUGGCUUUUGAAUAUCUGAUGAGCAAAGACCGACUCCAGUGGGUGACUAUUUCUAGCCCCCAGGCAAUAAUGAUGAGUAUUUCUUUGCAAGCAAUGGUGGAUGAGCUCAUGGUGAAGAAAUCAGGUGGCAAUAUAAAGAAGAUGCUAAAGAAGCGCAUGAAUGGUGCGUUACAUCGGUCAGACAGCCAACAAGCUGUGAAAUCUCCCCCACUCCUGGAUUCUCCUGAUUCAAACAGAGAACCUAUUGUCAAACUCUCAAGUAAACUGUCUUCUGUUAGCAUCCGGGGAAUCGGAACUUCCUCCAAUGACAUCAGUGCAAAUGACUUCCAUGGUAACUAUGCCUUUGAGGGAAUUGGUGAUGAUGAUUUGUGAAGUUUUUCCAGGUGAACCAUUCACUGAUUGCCUGGGGGAAAAUUGAAAUCUUGCACUUGCAUCUGAUCAGUUUGCACAGAAUCUACCGAAGGAUUGAACCAUGAUUGUUGUUCGGAAGAUGUCAUCAUGUGUCAUAUGUGUCAAGAAGCAACAAAGUUAAAUGCUCAUGAUCUGUUGUUUGUGAUCGUGAUUAACACCAAAUUAUCGUUUACUAGAGUAUUUUGCACAACAGCUCAAAUUUCUUUUGAAAAUUCAUAAGAUUCUCUUGUGUUUACACAAAAUAUCAAUGGCAGUUAACAGUAUUUCUCAAUGAUACCUGGAAACUCAUUGCAGACUGAACUUAGUUGAAAUGUCUUCUACUUUACGAAAAGAAUGAUGACACUAAAUUGUUUACAGAAUUGUAGCAGUGAUUUUGUUGCCAAGCCAGAGCACCCAGCUAGUGUAGAAACUAAAGAUUUCUUUUAGAUGUAAAGCACCAUAUUGGCUACUUAAAUGUAAUCUAGGUUGCAGAGAAAAGUAUAGCCUAUUUUUCAAUGGUGAUCACUGUGGCAAAAUUUACUGUACAUUCUGAAUAUUUGUUCAUUCAAUGCAAGAUCAAAGUGUCUGUUAUCUCUUCAUUGCAAUAGUUGUACAUUAUGCUGGUGGCUUAUGGCUGGUGUCAAUCAUAUUUCCAUCUGUAUGAACUUUAUUAAAUGUUUAUCUGCGCAAUAAUAUACUUAAUUCCACUUAGUGACCUGAUAUUAUACUUGCACAAGACAAAUUGUUCAGUUACUUCGAUUUAAUUUUGGUCUGCAGUCUUGGCUUCAACUGCAGGAAUUUGGAGGGUGUAUCUAGAUCAUUGUCACUUUCAUUGAAUAGGCCACAAGGGGCUAAUCCUAAUUUUAGGAAUGGUUUGAUUAUUUUAGCCCUUGUAUUGACACGCUGGUAUGUCAGUGUGCUUACCCUAUCCAUCUUGCAAAUUUAAACCCGUUUGAACAAUAUCUGCAUCUUCAGAACAAGGCGUAUGGAAAACCAAAACAAUUCGAGCAAUUUUGGGCCAAAUUGUAACAAUUUAAUCCAAAUGAAAUGUUAUUUGUAGAGAUACUGCAGCAGGCAAGACAUACUGAUUCUGCUGAAGCCCUCAGCAUUGCAUUGUUGACAAAUGCAAAACCUACAGGGGUUGCAAUCAUUUAUUUACCCCUUUCCUAAAUGCUGUUUGAGACCUUUAGCACCAAACUGAACAACCGGAGUUUGGUUUUUUUGCAUAUUUCCAUUUUAAUUAUUUAAUCUAUGCUUACUAAGGUUAUUUAUGAUGUGAAGUCAGCUGUGAAGCAUUUAAGUAUUUUAAAAUGAAAAUCCCUGUUGUAUUCUAAUGAGUACAUCCAUCUUAUUGAGGUUUCCUCCAUGCAAUCUGACUGAACUCUAUUGUUAAGUGUUUUAAGCGAUAACAUGGGUAAGAAGAGGUACCAGAAGAUUGCUUCUUAGCUGAAAUAUUGAGCACGUAGCAUGAGUGCAAGUAUGAUACAGAUUAAGAUUGAGCCCAUUCUUAUUGUUGCUAAAAGUGGUACGUUUCUCCUUAUACCAAGGUGUAACAUCUAUUUUAGAUGUUCUCAAUAAUUCAACUGUUGACUGUCUUAAAACCACUAGCCAUCCACCAGUCUGAGCAAAAAUAAAUGCAAAUGCUUUA